AUGAAGGAAAGACGAGCUUCUGUUGAAUCACCGGAAAAUUCAGACUCUGAAGAAGAGCUGAAUCCUGAGUCUCACAAGAAAUCUUUGGAGAAGCUUAAAAAUAUAGAUCCCGAUUUCUAUAACUUUUUGGAAGAAAAUGAUGAGAAUUUACUGAACUUUGACGUAGAUUCUGGUGAUGAAGAAUCUGACAGAAAUGAAGAGGAUGAUGAUGAUAAAGUACACAAACCUGGUCCUCUUCAAGGUGAAAGUGAUGAGAGCGACUUUGAGGAUGAGGACGCCAAACCAGUUCAAGGAAAAAUUACUCUAAAAAUGGUUGCACAAUGGCAGAUAGAACUUCAAAAUGAAAAUAAAAUCAAACUUACCACAUUGAGUACGGUUAUAAAGGCCUUUAAUGCAGCAAUGUUAAGAGCCACAAGUGAAGAUGGAGCAUCUUCAGAAGGACAAUAUAAAGUAGAAGGUUCUUCUGUAUUCAAUGCUGUAAUUCAGAUGUGUGUGUUGUAUCUACCUAAUGCUAUUAAAAAAUAUUUGGGUAUGGAGCAGUCUGGAAAAGACCCACAGAAGUGCAAGCACUUCAUUAAAGUUAAGACUCAUUUAAUUGCAUAUCUCAGUGAUUUAUUGAAGCUCUUGAGUGGUGUAACAUCAGAGAAUAUAUUGACAGUGUUGCUCAAACAUUUACAUCAAAUGUCCAACUUUGUUGCUUGUUUCAUAAGAAUAGCAAAACAAGCUUUGAAAAAGCUUUUUACCUUCUGGAGUUCUGGAGAAGAAACAGUAAGAGUGUUGGCCUUCCUCUGCAUAUUGAGGAUAACCAGAAACCAACAGCCAGCACUUCUUGACAUAGUUUUAAAAGCAAUGUACUUGACAUAUGUUAAGAACUGUAAAUUUGUAAGCCCUUCAACAUGGCCUGGUAUUAACUUCAUGAGACGAUCACUGGUUGAAAUGUUUUCUUUAGACUUAAAUGUGGCAUACCAGCAUGCGUUUUUAUAUAUACGUCAGCUAGCUAUACAUCUGAGAAAUGCUAUUGUUGUCCAAAAAGUUGAGAACAGACAGGCUGUUUAUAAUUGGCAGUUUGUGAAUUCAUUACAUUUGUGGGCAGACUUGUUAGGAGCUACCACAAACAAGCCCCAACUUCAGCCAUUAAUAUAUCCUCUUGUGAUGAUUAUCACAAAUACAAUAAAGUUGGUGCCGACACAUCAAUACUACCCGCUGAGAUUCCACUGUAUCGAGAUACUUAUAAGUCUCUCUAAAGAAUCCAACACUUUUGUCCCUAUUCUACCAUUCCUUGUAGAGGUUUUAACAAAUUAUGAUUUUAAUAAGAAACAUAAAAAAGUGUCUAUGAAACCACUAGAUUUUUCGUGUAUCCUUCGACUGGCAAAGUCGCAACUAAUGGAAAAUGGAUUUAAGGAUUCUGUUAUAGAACGAAUAUACAGUCUUAUGCUGGAAUAUACCGCAAACGAGUCGCACACAAUUGCUUUCCCAGAUGUUACAUUAUUAGCUGUAAUGCAGUUAAAGCAAUUCCUGAAAACAUGUUCAGUCUCAAACUACACGAAAAAGAUCCGUCAAUUACUUGAUAAAAUUGAAGAAAACUCCAGAUUCAUAGAGCGCGAGAGAGCAAAAGUUAGUUUCACGUUGAAUGACGACAAAAUAAUCACUGCCUGGGAAACAAGUCUUAGAACGAAAGGGACACCACUAUUAACAUAUUACGAAAACUGGAGUAAGAUUAAUAAUGUUCAAAAACGUAAAAAAGUUACCAAAAAUGAUGAAAUAGCUGGUGAACUGCCAAAGAUUAAGCGACCGAAAAUAUCUAAUGAGCCGCAAAAUGUUAAGCCCGCGAACAAGGGACCAUUGGUACUAUUUCCAUCAGAUGAUGAAGAUGACAAUGACUUUUUUAAAACGGAAGAUGAUGAUGAUCAUAAUACUUCUGCACCAAAAGCUAAGAAGCCAAGAAAGAAAGAAAAGAAAAAGUCAGACAAGAAGAAGAUCAUUGUAAAUGAUGACAGUGCUAUUGAUGAUAAAGGUGACAUUGUUCAAGAGCUAAGUGUAAAUGACUGGUAA